CAUACGUGGGACCCACUAUCGUAUCGAAGGAAACUGCUGGUUCUCCCCUCCCUGAAGCUUCCCCCUCCCGCAAUAACCAACCUGUACGCGGCGGCGGCGAGAUCCACAGCGGAGGCGCCCUCCGUGGCGGCUAUCUGCGGAGGCGUUCAUCCAGGCCGGCACCGGUGGGAUCCAAGCUCGGGCGUCCUCCACGGUGGCGGUGGAGGCGCCGGGGGAAUCCAAUUGCCGGUGCCAUCUACAGCGGCGACGGCUGGAUCCAAGCGCAGGCGUCCAUCGUAGGCGACAGGCGCCGACAAGCAGCGGUGGCCGAGAAGGAGCACUGUCUGGCAGACUCGUGUCUAUCCUGAAGGAGUAGAGGACAUUCCAUCUCCUUAAUUUCUUGAAUAGGAAUGGAAAAUGAAGUUCCUGGUGAAGUUCUCAAGGCUGUUUUCCCAUUAUUGGACGGGAAAGACCUAGUGUUUUGCAUGCUUGUAUGCCGUCAGUGGCAUGAAAUUGCGAAGGAUGAUUACUUCUGGAAAUGCAUUUGCGCACGAAAAUGGCCUUCCAUUUGCAAACAGCCACCUUCUGAUGCAAACUACCAAAAACUCUAUAUAAACUUCUCCAAGCCACGGAAGAUGCAGCACCUCCCUGUACCAAGGCUCACAUUUGAGGAUCUGGUGUUUUAUAUUGAUAUGUGGCUUGAUGGGCCACUCAUCUUUUCUCAAGCAGUUUCAGGCUGCACCCUUCGAGCAGGCCUACAGUGCGCACCUCGCGGCAUUCCAGAUAUACUUGCUGCCCAUAUAAAUACCCUAGACUGCAUUAUGAUGAUGGAAGUCGAACCCAAGCUGGCAAUCCCUACGGGGCAAGCCAUCACUGUGUCUGUUCUCGCCCACCGCAAGGAUACCAACAAGAUGGCUUGCAUCAUUAAUGAAUCAACAUUUGAGUACAUUGACAGUAAUGCAGCGCUUGCACUGGCAUACGAGUACCUCCAGUUUUCGCCGAGAAACCCAUUCAUAUCAGACAUCCGGGCAUGGUUGUCCCUGCUGUUCCUGUCCAAAGGAUCAAACGUCAUUGAGGUAUUUGGUAUUGAGCUAGAUUUCUGUGACGCUGCAAGGUCAGAGACCGAAAUUCUGUGGCUCUUAGAUAUGCUUGAUUGGAAAUAGAAGUUUUCGUUUUAUUUUAUUUUUCUUGUGAUUUGCCGCAUGUAAAGAGAUGUUCAUGGUUGGUUCAUCUCUUCCUGUUGCAUGUAUGCUACGGAACUACUUUUGGAAAAUUGGAACAAAUUGCACCAGUUACUCCA